AUGUUGCGAUCCAUGAGACAUACGAUGACGUCCAGUGCUUCACGCACUACUUCUCUGGGACCUUCAGGGUCCGUUUUCACAAGGCGAUCGCUAUCACCGUCCACUGGCUCGUCAUUGCUCAGAUCCAACUUUCAGGCAAAGCACAUCCCCAAACCCACGAAAUCGUUCCCCCAUGGCAAGAUACAAUUACUACCUGUAAUUGAAGGAGACCACAGCUUUAAAAGCCAUAUCAGGAGUCACUCCACUCGACCAUCAUACGCAGUACCGACUUCGGGCAUCCUAUCAAAGCUCCCCCGCGCAUGGGUACCCUACGCCGAGCUCAUCCGCAUUGACAAACCAACCGGAACAUACUACCUCUUUUUCCCGUGUCUCUUCUCAACGCUAAUGGCUGCUCCGAUGCUGUCACCUCUCGCCCCUCUGGGAUCAGUAUUGGGGUAUUCACUCUUGUUUUUCACAGGGUCUCUCAUCAUGCGUGGUGCUGGGUGUACGAUCAAUGAUCUCUGGGACAGAAACCUCGACACAAAUGUCAGUCGGACUCGCUUUCGACCGAUAGCUCGCGGAGCAAUCAAGCCGUUCAAUGGGCUUGUAUUCACCGGCUGCCAACUCCUGGCUGGUCUCGCCGUGCUGGUCCAGUUUCCCUUGCCCUGCAUUCUGUAUGGUACCCUCAGUCUCCCACUGGUUGCAACAUACCCCUUGGCCAAGCGGAUAACCCAUUAUCCUCAAUUUGUGCUCGGCCUGACCUUUUCGUGGGGAGCAAUCAUGGGAUUUCCCGCCCUUGGCAUUGACUUACUGUCAAACUCGGAUGCAAUGACGGCCGCGGCCUGCCUCUAUGCCUCAAAUGUAGCUUGGACAGUCCUUUACGACAUGAUAUACGCACACAUGGAUGUCGGAGAUGAUGCCAAAGCCGGCAUUAAAAGUAUUGCCCUCAAGCAUCAUGAAGACAGCAAAAUUGUUCUCACUGGACUCGCUAUAGCUCAGAUAGCGCUUCUCGCUGCUGCUGGGGUCGCUUCCGGCGCUGGCCCAGCGUUCUUUGUGGGUAGCUGCGGCGGUGCGAUGGUCAGUCUCGGUAUCAUGAUUAAGAAGGUUAACCUCGGGAGCGAAACGGACUGCUGGUGGUGGUUUGUGAAGGGAUGCUGGAUCACUGGGGGGACCAUCAGUUUUGGGCUGGCUGCUGACUAUCUGAUCCGGGAGGCAGAGCAGACCGCGAUAGUAAAGUAA